UUUACCCAAACCAGGAAACUUCCUUAGCUACUAAAGCCAAUCAUAGCAGAGGGGCACAGGUUUAAAAGGCCUGUGAGAUCACUGAGAGCUCCCCUCCUUCAUCCUUCAAGGGCUGUGUCCACUCUGCCCUCCUCCAACUCGAGCAGCCUCCCAAGAAGAUGGCUCCAGUCCUGAUUCUAAUGACCUUUCUUCUGCCGCGUGGAGCUGGUGCAGAGGAGAUCAAUGGGGGCCAUGAGGUCAAGCCCCACUCCCGCCCCUUCAUGGCAUUUAUUCCAUUUGUGAAUGAUGAUGGGAAAAGGCAUCGCUGUGGAGGCUUCCUGGUGAAAGACAACUUCGUGCUGACAGCUGCUCACUGCAGGGGAAGCUCAAUGAGAGUCAUUCUAGGAGCCCACAACAUCAGCAUCCGGGAGGAGACCCAGCAGAUCAUCCCUGUGGCUAAAGCCAUCCCACACCCAGACUACAAUCUUAAGGAUGACUCCAGUGACAUCAUGCUCUUAAAGCUGGAGAGGAAGGCAAAGAGGACUAGAGCUGUGAGACCCCUCAGGCUGCCCAUGAGUAAUUUCCAUGUGAAGCCAGGGGAUGUGUGCUACGUGGCUGGUUGGGGAAUGUUGGGUCCGAAGGGCAAACUCCCAGAUACAUUGCAAGCUGUGGAGCUGACAGUCCAGAGGGAUCAGGAGUGUUUGUCCCGCUUUACUGGUCGUUACAACAAAGCCACUGCGAUCUGUGUGGGGGACCCAAAGAUCAAGCGAGCUUCCUUUACGGGGGAUUCUGGAGGACCUCUCGUGUGUAAAAACAGAGCUGCAGGCAUUGUGUCCUUGACCUAUACUGAUGGUUCAGCACCAGGAACCUUCACCAGAGUGUCAAGUUUCCUAUCCUGGAUAAAGUUAAUGAUAAAACACAGCUAAGUACAGAGCAAACCAGACCCCUCCCUGACUCACCAUCUUCCCUACACUGAGUCCAGGACUGUCC